ACCAGUUGAACGACAGAAUUCCGCAUUGUUUACCUCGCUGCUAACAAGUUUUUAGCAGAAUUCCAAUUAUCUCAAUAAAAACUAGUAAACAAAUAUCAAUCAAAGAUGACUGCCGUUCCUCCUCCCUCUAACAUCUCCACACUGAUGCCCUUGGAAUUGGUGGACAAAUGCAUUGGCUCCCGGAUACAUAUAAUCAUGAAGAACGACAAGGAGAUGGUGGGUACUCUUUUGGGAUUCGAUGACUUUGUAAAUAUGCUCCUGGAUGAUGUUACGGAGUACGAAAACACACCCGAUGGACGACGCAUUACCAAGUUGGACCAGAUUCUGCUUAACGGCAACAACAUCACAAUGUUGGUGCCUGGAGGCGAGUUGGCCGAGUAGCUUGGAUUCAUUUGUAAACAUAAAUACAAUUGUAAAAUAACAACACAAAUGUUUUAAUAUUAA